AUGCAUCUGAAGACGGAAAGCCAGCUAGACAAGCUGCAUUCCGAGCGCCACGGCUCCGUUCGCGAGCUGAACCAGUUCAAUGAGCUGUUGACCUGUCGCAUUUGUCAGGGCUAUAUGAUAGACCCCACCACAGUUGACGCCUGCUAUCACACGUAUUGUCGCAGUUGCAUUCUGAAGCAUUUGCUGCGCGAUGUUUACUGCCCACAGUGCAAGUCCAGCGGGGGCAAGCACAUCAGCGAGGAUAACCUCAGAUCCGAUGACACGUUGCGUGCGCUGAUUUAUAAACUGGUGCCGGGUCUCUAUCAGCGCGAAUGCAAGCGUCUGGCUGAGUUCAGGGAACAGCACCAGGAACUGGAUGCCGACGAGGAGCUGCUGAGACCCCAACUGGAACAGCAACAGGAGUUCUUUACGCCAGGCGAGCCUAUUAGUUUAUCCCUAGAAUAUCAUCCCGCUAUGCUGAAAAACUGCGGCUCAUCCGAAAAGCCGCCCAUCUGCUAUCUGCAGUGCCCCGCCGACUUGAGGGUUGUGCAUCUGAAGCGUUUCCUCUGCUCCAAGUACGACAUCGAUGCGGAGAACAAACACGUCGAGGUCGAGGUCACGUACGAGGAUGAGGUACUGCCGCCCAGCUUUACGCUCAUGGAUGUCGGCUAUUGUUACCAGUGGAAGCGGCACGCGCCCAUGGCAUUUCGGUAUAGGAUACUGCUGCACGAACGCGAGACAACAAAAAACGAUGAGAACAAUUUGUCAAAGGUUAAACAGGAUAUUGAGUUAAGUUCCGCGACGGCGGCGGCGACGGCAAAGAGCGGCAAGUCGGUGACCUUUGCCGUGGACGUGGAUGUGGCUGUGGAUACACAGCGUCUGCCGUUGCAUGCCACAAGCAAGGCGCGCAACAAGUCCGCACAGAAGCUGGCCAAAAGCAAGCGCCUGGCCAAACGGGAGUCGGACGAUGCCGCCACAGCGCCAAGCAACUUCAAGAGCCUGCGCAGCAACGAUAUGCGCUACAGCGACUAUGGUGUGGCUGCCACAAGUUGCACGCAGCCGUCGGCGCCGCUGCUGCGCGUCAAGAGCGAACCGGAGCCGGAACCGGAACCGGACAACCUGGCCGCUGUGCCCAAUCUGAACAUUGUGGUCAGCAUACCGCAAUCGCAGCUAAGCAAAUCGGCCGGCUACGGCGACGAGGGCGGCUUCGAGCUGAAGACGGCCAACAAGAAGUCGUCGCCGCCGCAGAUGGCGCUGGUGCGCAAUCUGCCCAAGCUCAAGAUCGAGCUGAACAGCAUGAAGGCCAAGCUGACAAUGACCAAGUCGGCGGAGCCACGGCUCGAGGACACGGCCACAGCGCAGCAGCAGCAGAUCGAUCUGGAGACAUAUGCCAAGAAUAUUGGCCUCAAGCCCAUCGAGCCGGCAGCAGCUGCAGCCGCUGCAUCCGUACCUCCGCAGGAUGUGCUCAAAUACAGUCCGAAUGCGUCGCCCAUGUCCUCCUCCUCCUCGUCGACGAACGGCUCCAGUGGCACCGUCGAUGCCAGCACCUGCACGAAUGCCAGCAGCAACUGUUCCACGUCCUCGCAUCGCAAGCGCAAGAAGAAGCACUCAAAGGAGCCAAAGGACGCGAAUGGUAAACGCAAGAAACUGCAUGCGGAGAUCUCAUCGCAAACGGAUGGCAAAAUGAAAAUGAAAAUAACAACGACGCACAACCACAAGGCGCACAAGCUCGACCUGAAGCGUUCCCAUUCCCUCGCUGGCGGCGAGCUGGUCUCGCUGAAUCAGCUCAAGCUCGAGGAGCAGGCCCCGUCGUUGGCCACCAGCAAGGAGGAUGCACUGAAUCGCACGCUGGGCGAGGAAUCGCGCAGCAUCAACAGCCUGAUGCCGGCCAGCUGCAGCAGCUCCUCCGCCACCAACGUCUCCUCGUCCGCCUCUGCCUCAUCCGCCGCCUCCUCUUCUGCCUCCUUUGCAGCUGAGAAGCUGCCACGCAGCGGUAAGGAGCUUAAUUUGCCCGCCUCGCCGCCGUUGCCGCCCAGCCUCUUCAAGGGUUGUACGCCUGCCACGCCCCCGGCUACUCCCACGUCCACUCCAGCACCGGCUGCGCCCGCCAAGCCCAAGCUGGCCGCGCCGCCGAAGCCCGCCAAGCCGCAGCUUGUCAGCAAUCACAACAAUCGCAAGGCGCCCAUGCUGCUGACGUGUACCACGCCCACUGCGAAUGCAGCACCACAUUUCGCCGUGCCACAGACGCCGCAGCGACAGGCACCGCCGCUGCCGCCGCAUCACAUGCAGCGCUACCAAUCGACGCCCAGCUCGAUAGCCAGCGCGGCCAACAAACCGCCCAAGCGCUCGCUCUCGCUGGACGAGACGCAGGCCCAGCUGCUGGCCAAGCAUCCGCGCCUGGACUGCCAGCAGCAGCAGCUGCAGCUGGGCAAAUAUGCCGCCAGGCUGAAGCCGAGCCCAGCCUGUGCGCCGCCCAUGCGUGUUUAUGGACCCGAACUGGCCAAGACGAGCCCAAUGCCGCUGCGCUGUCCGGCCAGCCUGAGCCUCAGCCUGCCGCAGCCAACGGUGACCUUAACACCACUAGCGCGCAACAGCCAGGUGGGCCAACAGGUGGGCCAGGCGCUGCACGGCCUCAGCCAUCCGUAUGCGGAGAUUGCGCGCCUGAGCCUGGGCCUGGGCGGAGCAGCUGCAUCGCUGAUGGGUCCGCCGGCCAGUCCGGCCAAGCAGCCGGCCAAGCGUGCCGCCGCCCAUGCGGUACAGUCGCCGCCGCUGUCACUGCCGGCCAUGGUCAAGUCGCCGCCGCUCUCGGUGGCGCUUAGCGGGCAGCGCGGCGGCAACAGCAGCAACAUGCACAAUGCGGUUUAUCGCACAUCGCCGCCUGCUUUAAUAAAUCUGAGCAGCCCGCAACACGCUUUCGCAGCCAAGGCAAAUGCUGGCGCGGCCAAAGCCGCUGACAAUGCCAAGAAAACGGCAACUGUUGCUGGCGCAGCGGGAACGACAGCAGCAACUGUUGCUGCCAGCAGCAAUCAAAGCAAAGCCAAUGGCAACGCCGCGCUGGACAAGUCCAAAACAAGUUUGCGCGAUUUUCGGCCACCAGCAACAACAACAACAGCAGCAACAGCAACUGGCACGACAGCAGCAGCAGCAGCAACAACAGCCAAGGAUGCUGACAUACUUGAUUUAUCAGCGGGCACAGGACGCAGCAGCAACAGCAACAGCAAGCAGGCAACAACUGGCAGCAGCAGCAACAACAAGCACAACAAGUUGGCGCCCACAACGUCUGCCCUGAGCUGCAACAACAGCAGCAGCAGCAGCAACAGCCUGGAGGCUGCUGUAAAUAAAAUCAAGCAAAACUUUGGCGCCAACAGCAACAGCAACAACAACAACAACAGCAACAACAACAACAACAACAAUAAUGCUGCAGCAGCAGCAACAGCUGCCAGCGGCGAUGAUCUACAAAAUCUGCAUUUGCUCUCGGAGUCGGCAACGGCGCGCGAAAAGAUCUCGAUUAAGAGUGGCAACAUCUACGAGAAUAAGCCAAAGAAUGCGCUGGUCAGGCCGCAGAAUGCGUCUGUGCGCAGCAUACCGAAUCCCUCGGCGUUGGCCUUUCGCAAUCAGGCGACGCCAACAACAACAACAGCAGCAGCAGCAGCAACAACAACAACAACAACAACAACAACAACAAUUGCUGCUGCCACAACAACAGCAAUUGCUGCUGCUGCUGCUGCCGCCAAGCCGUUAACAGUCAAAGCCGAAGAGCAGCCCAAGUUGGCAGCAGCCGCAACGCUGCUCAGUCCCAACAGCAGCAGCAGCAACAACAACAACAACAACAGCAGCAGCAACAACAACAACACGAGCUGCACUGCGUCUGCUGCUGCUGCUGCCACCUCGCCGCGUGCGCUGAAAAAGCCGACAACAAUCGACCAAGUGGCUGCCAAUUUGAACAUACGCGCCGAGGCCAAAGCUGCCGCCCUCGCCGAGGAGGCGCCACUUGUGCUCGGCGGCAGCAGCAGCAGCAAUGGGGCAGCAACGGCAGCCAAAACGCCGGAACUGGAAAAGGCCGCCACAGCAGUUGCUGCCACGCCCACCACACUCGCCCUGCCCACGCUGGCGAUGCCAAGCGCUGCGAGUGCUGCCAGCAGCGAUUCAAUGUCAAAGCCGCCCGUUCAAAUUGCCGCCACCGACACUUUGGCAUCGGUGGCAAGUUCCGCUUAGUCACAAGCGUUUCUUUGGAUGUGCGGCACGCAAAUGUAUCUCGUGGCGCCACUCGAGAGUCUACAAACCAGCAGCAGCAACGGCAGCGGCAGCGGCAACAAUCAGAAUCCAAAUGCAAACUGAUUCCAGUUCCAGUUGGACUAACGCAGCCAGUUGCAGUUCGGCUGCAAUCACAAUUGUUGAGAAUCACGGAGAAAGGCAGCUCGGGGGCUGGCACACACGCCCCUUGCUGCAGCGAGUAAGCCUUACAAUUUAAGCAUAAGUACACUCAUUGGCAAUACACACCCAACAAAUACACAUACGCACACAAAACUCGCACCAAUCCAAUACCAAAAAAAGAAAAAAAACAAAAAGAUACAAGCUAUAAGAUUCAAGAUACUUAAACACACACAUCUGUAGAUACAAAUGCGACACAAAUUCGCGCACAUAUGCAAAUAUUUGCGAUUGGAAUUAGUACGCGUCGAAAUAAAUUAUAAGCGUAAUGGAAACAUAUAUAACGUAUACUAU